AGGUAUGGUUACUGGUGCGGCAGCUGCAACAGUAUGCUACAAUAUAAGGCAAAGGCAUCCAUCACUUGAACUGCCUCUGAUUGACUAUGACUUAGCACUUCUAUUUCAGCCAAUGUUGGUUUUGGGAAUUAGUAUUGGAGUUGGAUUCAACGUGAUCUUUCCGGAUUGGAUGAUCACAAUUUUGCUAAUUAUUGUCUUCUUAGUCAUGUCAAGUAAGUCAUUCCUCAAAGGUGUUCAAACAUGGAAAAAGGAAACCAUCAAGAAGAAGGAAGCAGGAAGGCAGCUGGAAUUAAAUACUAAAGAUAAUGCGGUGGAAGUCAAAACCCAAAAUGAAGAACAAGUUACUACAAAUGGCAAACAAACAGGAAGCAAUGAAUCAAAAAAACCAAAGGUGUCUCUUAUUGAUAACAUAUGCUGGAAAGAGCUUGGACUUCUAACUGCUGUCUGGGUGGUAAUCCUUGCUUUACAGAUAGCUAAGAAUUAUUCAACAACAUGUUCAGUAGAAUACUGGGUAUUGAAUUUAUUGCAGAUCCCAGUAGCUGUUGGAGUAUCUUCGUAUGAGGUAAUCUGUUUGUACAAAGGGAGGAGAAAAAUUGCAUCAAAGGGGGAUGUUGCGGUAACUUGGCGAGUCCACAAGCUACUGAUUUACUGUGGCUUUGGUGUGUUGGCUGGUGUACUUGGUGGGAUGCUUGGUCUUGGAGGAGGAUUUAUUUUGGGUCCUCUUCUGCUGGAGAUGGGGAUCCCCCCUCAGGUGUCAAGUGCAACGACCACCUUUGCCAUGUUUUUUUCAGCAUCGAUGUCAGUGAUUGAAUAUUAUCUUCUGAAAAGAUUUCCAGUCCCUUAUGCUGUUUACCUGGCUGUUGUGGCCACAAUAGCAGCAUUUGUUGGGCAACAUGUAGUGGGAAAAGUGAUCAAAAUACUGGGAAGGGCAUCUAUAAUCAUCUUCAUUCUAUCUGGAAUGAUAUUUGGUAGUGCGAUCUCACUAGGUGGGAUAGGCAUUGCUAAGAUGAUCAAACGGAUUGAAAGAAAGGAGUAUAUGGGACUUGAUGAUAUUUGCUCCUAUCAGCCUUAGCUUGAAUUGGAAGAGUAGUGACAGUUUAACUGCAAAAGUCCCCUGUACAACAACACAUAUUACAACUAUAGAUUUACUACUUCGUGUUACGAGGCCAAGCCUCCAUUACCAAAAUAAGAGAAUCAGAUUUCAUUAAAUUAUGAUAAUGUAUGAUACAUUUUUUAGCAAGAAGCAGAAUGUGUUGUCAAA